CUCUGCUUUCGGCAAGAUUUAUCGCUAGUUCUAGAACUCGCCUUCUGGCUGACUUUCUGGGUUUGUGUUGGGAGAUAACUUGUUUUGCUCCAGCCCUCGUCCCCUUUCCUUGACCCCUUCCAUCGGAUGUUCUAGAUGACUGAAUGGAGUUUUGAGUUGGACUUUUGUGUCCCCGCCGGAAUUGGGCCUGAUCCCAGAGCACUGGGGGUGGGGUGGAGGUGUUUUUGUAAAAUGCAAGUUGGAUAAAAGGAGGACCUCUUGCCAAGGGCCCCAAUGAGUGGCACACAGUCUACUAUCACCGACAGGUUUCCCCUCAAAAAACCAAUAAGGCAUGGAAGUAUUUUGAACCGAGAGUCACCAACAGAUAAGAAGCAGAAAGUUGAACGCAGUACAUCCCAUGAUUUUGACCCUUCAGAUAGCUCCUCCAAGAAGACAAAGUCUAGUUCAGAGGAGAGUAGAUCCGAGAUAUAUGGUCUUGUUCAGCGUUGUGUGAUCAUCCAGAAAGAUGACAAUGGAUUUGGGCUGACUGUCAGCGGAGACAAUCCGGUCUUCGUACAGUCUGUGAAAGAAGAUGGAGCAGCCAUGCGGGCUGGAGUACAGACAGGUGAUCGAAUCAUCAAGGUGAAUGGAACUCUGGUGACUCAUUCAAACCAUUUGGAGGUGGUGAAGCUAAUCAAAUCUGGUUCCUAUGUAGCUCUCACUGUCCAGGGACGCCCACCUGGGUCGCCCCAGAUCCCACUCGCUGACUCUGAAGUAGAGCCGUCAGCUGUUGGACAUGUGUCUCCUGUCAUGACCUCCCCUCAUUCACCUGGAGCACCCGGGAAUAUGGAGAGAAUCACUAGUCCUGUGCUCAUGGGGGAGGAAAACAAUGUGGUUCAUAACCAGAAAGUAGAAAUUCUGAGAAAAAUGUUACAGAAAGAACAGGAACGACUACAGUCAUUGCAGGAAGAUUACAACCGAACACCUGCACAGAGAUUGCUAAAAGAGAUCCAAGAGGCCAAGAAACACAUUCCUCAGCUGCAGGAGCAGUUAUCCAAAGCCACAGGCUCUGCUCAGGACGGAGCUGGAGUUCCACCCUCCAGACCUUCUGGUGACACCCUGACUGUCUCUGAGGCAGAAGCAGAUCCUGGAGAUGGACUGGGCAAGACUGACUGGAACACUGGAGAGACAUCUCGGCCCAGCAGUGACAGUGCAGAUAGUCCUAAGAGUGGCCUGAAAGAGAAGGUUUAUCCAGAGGAAAACCCAGAGAGAACUGAAGCAGUUCAGGACAGUGACACUCAGUCAUUUGUUGGGAGUCCCUUAACCCGUGUAACACCUCAUAUUAUUGGAGCAGAGGAUGAUGAUUUUGGUACUGAACAUGAACAGAUCAACGGGCAGUGCAGCUGUUUCCAGAGCAUUGAACUGCUAAAGUCUCGCCCUGCUCAUUUGGCUGUUUUCUUACACCAUGUAGUUUCACAGUUUGACCCUGCAACAUUGCUCUGUUAUCUCUACUCAGACCUGUAUAAACAGACUAAUUCCAAGGAAACACGUCGCAUCUUCCUUGAGUUUCACCAGUUCUUCCUGGAUCGAUCUGCACACCUGAAAGUUUCUGUUCCUGAUGAAAUAGCUAUAGACCUAGAAAAGAGAAGACCUGAACUUAUUCCUGAGGAUCUACAUCGCCACUAUAUCCAAACGAUGCAAGAAAGGGUCCACCCAGAUGUUCAGAGGCACUUGGAAGACUUUCGGCAGAAACGUAGCAUGGGACUAACUUUGGCUGAAAGUGAGCUGACUAAACUUGACGUAGAACGAGACAAGGACCGGGUAACUUUGGAGAAGGAGCGGGCAUGUGCAGAACAGAUUGUUUCCAAAAUUGAAGAAGUAUUGAUGACUGCUCAGGCUGUAGAAGAAGAAAAGAGUUCCACAAUGCAGUAUGUUAUCCUCAUGUACAUGAAGCAUUUGGGAGUCAAAGUGAAAGAACCUCGAAAUUUGGAGCACAAGCGGGGUCGAAUUGGAUUCCUUCCAAAAAUCAAACAAAGCAUGAAGAAAGAUAAAGAAGGCGAAGAAAAGGGAAAGCGAAGAGGAUUCCCCAGCAUUCUGGGACCCCCAAGGAGACCAAGUCGUCAUGACAAUAGUGCAAUUGGCAGGGCCAUGGAACUACAGAAGGCACGUCACCCCAAGCACUUAUCCACUCCCUCCUCUGUGAGUCCUGAACCUCAGGACUCUGCUAAGUUGCAUCAGAGUGGGGUAACAAAUGAAGGAACAGAUGCUGGAUACCUGCCUAGCAGUUCCAUGAGUUCUGUGGCUGCAGGAGUCACUCUCUCCCAGGAAGGAGGGAAAGAGAAUGAUACAGGAUUAAAACAAGUCAGAGAAACACUGGCAUCUGGAGACUCCUUGGAUGGCGCACCUCGUACUCCUAAUACCAUCUUUGAUUUCCCUCCUCCUCCAUUAGACCAGGUUCAGGAGGAGGAGUAUGAAGUGGAAAGGCUGACAGAACUUGGGACACCAAAGCCUUUCCGAAAGUUUGACAGCAUAGCCUUUGGAGAAAGUCAGAGUGAGGAUGAGCAAUUUGAGAAUGACCUAGAAACAGAUCCACCCAACUGGCAGCAGCUUGUUAGCCGAGAAGUGUUACUGGGACUGAAAGCUUGUGAGAUUAAAAGACAGGAAGUCAUUAAUGAAUUGUUCUACACUGAAAGAGCUCAUGUCCGAACACUGAAGGUUCUUGACCAAGUAUUCUAUCAGCGAGUGUCCAGAGAAGGAAUUCUGUCACCUUCAGAAUUACGGAAGAUUUUUUCAAACUUGGAAGAUAUUCUUCAGCUUCAUGUUGGGUUGAAUGAGCAAAUGAAGGCUGUUCGGAAGCGGAAUGAGACAUCUGUGAUCGAUCACAUUGGCGAAGAUCUGUUGAGCUGGUUCAGUGGACCAGGAGAGGAGAAGUUGAAACAUGCUGCUGCUACAUUUUGCAGUAACCAGCCUUUUGCCCUGGAAAUGAUCAAGUCUCGUCAGAAAAAGGAUUCUCGAUUCCAGACUUUUGUGCAAGAUGCUGAAAGUAAUCCAUUGUGUCGUCGUCUUCAGCUAAAGGAUAUCAUUCCCACUCAAAUGCAGAGGCUUACUAAGUACCCACUUCUUUUGGAUAAUAUUGCAAAAUACACAGACUGGCCAACAGAAAGGGAAAAGGUGAAGAAAGCGGCAGAUCACUGUCGUCAGAUAUUAAACUAUGUCAAUCAGGCUGUCAAGGAGGCAGAAAACAAGCAGCGCUUAGAAGAUUAUCAGCGCCGCCUUGAUACCUCCAAUCUGAAGUUGUCAGAGUAUCCAAAUGUCGAGGAGCUCAGGAAUUUAGAUUUAACAAAAAGGAAGAUGAUUCAUGAAGGGCCAUUGGUUUGGAAGGUGAAUAGAGACAAGACUAUUGAUCUGUAUACGUUAUUGCUGGAAGAUAUUCUGGUAUUGUUACAAAAGCAAGAUGAUAAACUGGUGUUAAGGUGCCAUAGUAAGAUUCUGGCAUCUACAGCUGACAGCAAACACACAUUCAGUCCUGUCAUUAAACUGAAUACAGUGUUGGUUCGACAAGUGGCAACAGGAAUCAGGAAGCCUCGUAAAGAUCAGAGCUCUCCUGAAGUGAACCACAGCCAAUCUCAGCAACAACAAGAUAACAAAGCUUUAUUUGUCAUCUCCAUGUCGGAUAAUGGGGCCCAAAUUUAUGAACUGGUGGCACAGACAGUUUCUGAAAAGACUGUCUGGCAAGACCUAAUCUGUCGAAUGGCUACAUCAGUGAAGGAGCAGUCCACAAAGCCAGUGAUUCCGUUACAGUCACCACCUUGCGAAGGAGACAAUGACGAAGAAGAAUCUCCAAAAGUGGAACAUCAUGGCAUUUCAGUCACUAAUCUACAGAGUCCAGACAGAGAUUUGGGAUUAGACUCUCCUUUAAUAUCAUCAAAACCUCAGACUCAUUCACUGAGUACUUCUGAAAAAUCAGAGGCCGUCGAUCUCUUUGUGGCUGAGAGACAGUUUGCAAAGGAGCAGCACGCAGAUGGGACGCUAAAGGAGGGUGGAGAAAACUAUCAGAUCGCAAUCCCAGACCCACACUUACCUGUCUCAGAAGAACGCUGGGCUUUGGAUGCACUAAGGAAUCUGGGUUUGUUGAAGCAGUUACUGGUGCAGCAGCUGGGUUUGACUGAGAAGAGCAGUCAGGAAGACUGGCGGCAGUUCUCCAGAUACAGGACAGCCCCUCAAGAGGCUCAGGCCGACAGUGGGAUCCAGAACUCUGAAAAUACUAAGGUCUGUCAUUCUGCCGAAGGACAGGUCCCCUUUAGAACUGGAGCUGGUGACAGUGCAGGUUGUAACAGUUCACGAACUUCAACUGAAUCUUCUGCUCCACCGGAUUCAGUGGUACUGGCAUCCCAAGAUAGCCAGACAAGUAACAUUUUAGUAAUGGACCACAUGAUUCUGACCCCAGAGGUAUCUACCACAGAACCAGAAGGGGGUCUGGAUGAGAGUGGAGAGCACUUUUUUGAUGCCCGUGAAGCACAUAGCGAUGAUAAUCCAUCAGAAGGUGAUGGAGCAAUUAAAAAGGAAGAGAAGGAUGUUAAUUUACACAUCUCAGGAAAUUGCUUGAUCCUUGAUGGCUAUGACACAGUGCAGGAGAGCUCCACGGAUGAGGAAGCUGCUUCCUCAUUUCUCCUGCAGCCUGUGGCAGGCCUCCCCUCCAUGGACUCUGCCUACCAGGAACAGUAUUCUCCUCAGAGCGCUCAUUCUGAUGGGGCAGGGUCACCAUUCAUCCCAGAAUUCCUGCUCCAGCGACGCUGGGGAGCUAUGGAAGAUUCCUGUUUUGAGAUCCAGACUCCCUCCUCUUGUGCAGAUUCUCAAAGCCAGAUCAUGGAGUACAUUCAUAAGAUAGAGGCUGACCUUGAGCACUUAAAGAAGGUGGAGGAAAGCUACACCCUUCUGUGCCAAAGGCUGGCUGGAUCAGCCCUCACAGACAAGCACUCAGAUAAAAGUUAGAGCCGAGUGUCCUGGAGGUGACUGCAGGUUGUUGGAUUUUGAGCAUCGGCCUUGUAUCAACCACAUCCUGGCUGCAGUGUGGACGCAGAGAUAGUGUGCUAGAGGACCUGCCUAAGAACCACCAGGGAUUAACCGUGUCCCAAGGUGCCAGAGCGGGACUAGUUCUUCACAGUCUGGCAGUGGCACCGGUCUGUCAGUGAGGGAGUGGCCAUCCCUCACUCUCCUCGCCUCACUGCUGGGAAGUCAUUUUGAUUCAGAACAAAAACCAAAUGUAUAGAGCUUUGGGUGUAGUAUAUGAAAUUGUACUUAGGCAUAAAAAAAGAGAAAUCAGAUGUAUUUAUUUGACUCAUUCCAUAUUUGAAAGCACAUUUUAACUUUUAUUUGCCUUGUUUUAUUUUAAGUAGUGAGAGUCUUAGCCUUUUGUAUUUAGUACACCCAAGGAUCAAUUAAUUGCUCCUCAAGCAGAGGUCAGGAUGGGGUAUGAGAAAGUUGGUAGAGAAGUGAUACAAAAGAGGAAGCGAGGAGGGAAAGGAGGAGAAACAUCUCACCUUCACUGAAGUCUGUGCCAUGCCCUCUGCUGCCCAGAACGCUGCUUUUCUGAGGGUGACUUUAAUUAAAGGCAUGGUGUGCUCUGUAGCCCAUAGGUGCGGAGGACUCAAGAUAAUGCUGCCCAGCUGACCGAGAGUAUGUGGGCCCCCCACCCUGAGGCAGGAAUUUUCUUGCUGGGAUCCACCCUCAAUUAACAAGAAUCCUCAAUAUACUAAAUAGCAGGCACUUGAAAAUGGGUGUAUUUUCUUCUAUCGUCUUUUCUAUUGAGGGAUGGGAUUUGGGAGGGAAAAAAGGAAAUUUUUUAUUUUCUUGAUUAUAAAGUUGUUAUUCUUGGUAUUAUUUCAUUUUUAUAACUAUACAUUAGACUUUGGCACUUGUGUAAAACCAUCCCUGCAGAUUGAGCAGGAAGUAAGAACAAACAAAUGGAAGUGCUUCUGUGGCGGUGGGGUUGGUGGGGUUGCUGAGGAAGGGCGGGGUGGGUGGGUAAGGCGUUUGGGAAGGAAUCUAAACUGAAUCACUACUGAGUUGAACCAUGGCUGUCGCUAGCCACGGGUACUGCUGAUUAUAAGGCCAGUAAAAUAAUAGUACCUGGAGGUUUGACUCUUAAGUUUUUGCACUGAUGGUGCCAAAGGGCUCUUCGAGUCACAAGGAGAGUCAGUGGUGGUGUGGAGAGAGGUGAUGGAGGAGGCAGAACUGGUUACACCAGCUCCAUGGCACUUCCUCCGACUCCCACUGCAGCUCUGUUCACACUGGGCCAAGGAAUGACCUAAGGAAAUGCAGACCAGAAUAUACACUGGAUACUGCAGGCGCAGUGUUGGUGACUGCCUGCUCUGGGAUGCACAGCAGCAUGGGCAGCACCUACAGAGGACAGAUGUGUCAGAAGCGUAACUUGAGAACUCCUUUAAUUACAUCAGCUGUCUGACUUUCUGUGGGCAUUGGGUAAAUAUUAUUGAAGUACUUUGCCAACUAAAACAAAGUCAUUUGUUAAUCUGUAAAUUCUGUUAAUAAACAAGGAGUUCAUCCAUUGCUUACAUCUUUCGAUAGUGCCCACUGAAUUCUGUGGGUAGUCGGGAUAUAAUUUUAUUCUUCCGACAGUCCCCUCAACCCUACCCCAAAAGGGAAGUUUUUCCCUCACCAUAAAGGGUAAGGAUUCCCAACUUUUAUAAACACCACUACAACUUAACAAGCUCAUUUAUUUGUGUCCAGAUUCCUGUUUCUGUCCUUCAAAAUUGACCUGUUUUUAGGUACAUCAACUUUUAUCUUUGUACCUUAUCUAUCAAUUGGAAUUAUAUUUCUAGUCAUGGGCCAAGUAUAAUUUAAUUAGAAUGGGAUUUAAAAUUUUAGAAGCAGAAGCUAAUAUAUAAGUGAAGCUUGGAAUUUGGAACUUUCUGUAUCUCUUAGGAGAGUCAAGUAGAAACCAAAUGGUUAUAUUGUGCUGCUGGAAAUACUGUCGCUCCCAAGGAAAAGGGUUAUACCUGUAGCCAUCUGACACUAAACUACCAGGAGAUAGACAGGAGAAAGAUAAAUGUAAAAAAGCUUUCCUCUUAACUCCAGACACUAUAGGUCACUGCAUAAUUCCCUACCACUCAAAAAACUUGAAGUUUUGUUUGCUCUUCCAAGUCAGCCAUUAUCUUGUUCUUUGUGAUUAUUUUUCAUGUUUUUCUCCUUUGCACUAUAACAGCUAACUGAAAAAUACAAGCUCUAAUACUUCCAAAUAAAUUAGAUUUUCAAAUGAAGCCCCAAGACAAUUCUGGGAAAGAAAGGAAAACAAAGACACCAUUUUGAGCAUUCCUUUUAUCUUAUUCUAGCUUUUUUCCUUUCUCCCUCUCAACCUGGCCUUCCAUUCUUUCCAUUUCAUUUUGGCCAUUGUAAUCAUAUCCACAAGAUUCUCCUGUCUCCGUCACAGGACGAUUGAGUUAGAUAUUUUCCCUGUCUUUGAAUGAGACUGGUUCUUAUUUCAAAGUGGUUUAAGUUAUAUGACUAGAAGUUAGAGUCAUCUACUCUUGUGCCAAAGAGUACAAGAAGAUGAAAAAUAGAGCCUUCCCCAAGCCAGAAAGCCAAGUGUGAGCAACGGGAGUGACCCGCAGUGACCCUCAGAGCUCUAGUGGGCUCACCGGCUCCUUUGCUGUUUGGUGCCAAAUUACAUUUGGAGUGUCUCCUUCCCUUUCAGAGAACAGACUUAGGUAAUCAGCAAAGCCCCCAAAGUGCUGUAAUUUAAAAUUAUGAUUAUCAUCUUCACCAUAUAUUUUAUAUACUUUGAAAUCAGCUAACUUGAACUGUUAGAGUUAUGUUGGCUUUUAGAACGUAAAUUGUAACUAUUUAUUAAUUGCAUGGGAGGUAUAUUAUAUGAAAUUUUUGGAUUUUUUCCCCCAAAAAACAACUCCUAAUGACUAUUACAAAGUAAGUCCCCUUUAUUUGUUUCUUACUAUGUUUGGGAAGAAGGAACUCCUGUGAUAGUAGAGGGGAAGGUCCUUUUCUUUCCUAAUAUUUAGAAGCAAAAGAAAAUAAUUAUGGCUCUUGCAAGUUGUCAUUUACUUAUAUCUUUUCUGACAUCUUAAGUUUGAUGCAUUGCCUGGGGAGUCCAUAUUUCACACUGGAAGCUGUCUUCUGUGAAGUUGCUAUGUGAUGUCAUUUAGAACUACUAGAGUGUUGGUCAGUGUUUCCUUUCCUACUUUUCAUAGAAGACACCACUGAAAACUAGUGCAGAAAACCUCAAAAUAUAAAAUUAUCAGGAACUUACUGCAGCUUCCUAUGGGCUAAUCCCCUUGCCCCAUUUUGUUUUAUAAGUCAUGCUUUUCUGACAUUCUCACCUUUUCAGAAUGAUCUGCAGAAUUAUUCUUUCUUCAGGAAUUCCUUUGUCUUACUCCCUAUGCCUUCACCACUGAAACUGAGGGUUUUGGUAAUAAAUUAGUAGGGAAAAAGUGUACCUCCUAGAAGGAAGCCUCCCUGCCAUUUCCAGGUGCCAACUGCUAAGCAGACGUACUUCAAAACUGGUAACUGUCACGUGCACACUGUUGGUUAUUUUUAAUAAGCCUCUUCCUACUAGGACAUUUUAUUUCCUUGUUCACCAUACAAUCAUGUACUCUUUAACAGAAAUUGCUUUUAAAAAAAAUCUGGAACUAUCUUUAAAAAAACUUUAUUAAUAAUCAUGUAUUUUUACUGAUCACAUUUUGAAAUACCUAAAAGACUUUAUUGUUCUAAUUAUCCAAAUAUACCUUUGUAAAAUAGCUCUUUUAUGAAUUAGCUAAUAAGGCUGUAUGUCUCUGGAACAAAAUAUUGGUCAUCUAAAAAACUUUCUGUUUUCUGGGGCCUGGGAAAAUAGAAAAAUAAGAGUUCAAAUAUUAAAUAAGCUUAAAGGAA